CUAAUUUUUAUUCUCAAAUCGUGAGUUGUCGUGGCUGCGAGAAAAGGCGAUCCGCAUAUCGGAUAAUCAUCGCUGUCGCUAUUAAAUCAACUGUGGUGUAGGUAGUUUACUUUGUAAUCGCGGUCUGCCAUGUGAAACAAAACAAACAAAAUAGCGUGAUCGUGAGAUUGGUCGGCAUCUGAAGAUACUUAAAAUAUUGGCGGCCAGGAUACAUCACACUGAAAACACGUGGUCACAGUGUUUUCCAUCCGAUUCAAGAUUGGGUAAUGUAGAAAAUGGACUUUUUCGGUAUCCAAUUCGCCCCACUCAACGUACCUCUGGAGAGACGCCUACAAACCGUAUCUGCAGCAGCAUGGAUGGUCACCAUGGCCUUCGGCGGCUUCAUAGGCUCCCUCCUAGCCAUCUACCUCAUCUUCUUCUGGAGAUUCUGGUGGCUCCUCACCAUCUACCUCACCUGGAUUUGGACCAUCGAUAGACAUAAGGCCGAGCGAGGAGGCAGACCCUUCAAAUGGGUGAGGUCUUGGACCUGGUGGAGGUACAACAGGGACUACUUUCCUCUGAGGGUAGAGCGGGUGCCUUUCGUGGAGCUGGACCCCAAGAGGAACUACCUCUUCGCGUGCUUUCCCCACGGGAUGCUUUCUAGUGGGGCAUUCAACGCCUUUGGGACCGAGUUCAGUGACUUUAGGAGUAUUUUUCCUCAUCACGAUCCGCGAGUGGUUACCCUAGCUCAGCACUAUCAGAUGCCCUUUUUCAGAGACUUGGCGCUAGGGAUGGGAGGCAUCUCCUCCUCUUCUGCGUCCAUAGAUUACGUGCUGAGUAGGCCUGGUGGGGGGUAUGUUUGUGUGCUGAUGGUGGGGGGAGCUGCGGAAGCUUUCUAUUGCAAACCGGGCGAUUAUAAAGUGAUUUUGAAGCAGAGGAAGGGGUUUGUGCGGUUGGCUUUGAAGAAUGGGACGCCUAUAGUGCCCGUUUUUUCUUUCGGGGAGAUUGAUUUGUUCGAUCAGUUGGAAGGGUCGAUGUUGAGGAAUUUCCAGGAGAAGAUUAGGAAGUGGAUUGGUUUGGCACCGGUGUUGCCUGUCGGGCGAGGAUUCUUUCAGUAUUCCUUUGGAAUUAUCCCAAGGAGACGUCCAGUUACUACAGUAGUUGGGAAACCUUUGGAUGUGCCAAAAAUCGAGAAUCCAUCAAGAGAAGAAGUAGAAGAAUACCACGCCAAAUUUGUGCAGUGUCUGACUGAACUGUUUGAAGAACAGAAAUAUAAUUACUUGGAGAAUCCAGAGGAGAAGAAGUUGAUUAUAUCAUGAUAUAUAAGAUUCCAACCUGUUAUUUAAUCAUUUUAUG